UGUGUGCGCAUCCGGCAUCCAGCUCCCAGGGAGUGAAUCCACCCAGCCAGACCCACAGUGCUGCCCGCCCUGUCCUGUCCUGCUCCCAGCCUGCGGGAAGGGGAGACGAGCAGACACCCCCGGGAACGGCCGCAUUCCCCACCUGAAUCCCCCCGAAGCCCCACCAUGCUGCGAGCCCUGCUCCUGGCGGCCCUGCUGGGCCUGGCGCGGGCGCUGCCCUUCGAGCAGCCGGCCUUCUGGGACUUCGCCAUGGACGAGGGGCCGGCCGUGCAGCGGGACGAAGAGGAGGCCUCGGGCAUCUUCCCCACCUCGGGGGUCCCCGACUUCGAGGACGUCGUUCCUGCCUACGGGGGGCUCUGCCCCUUCGGCUGCCGGUGCCACCUGCGGGUGGUGCAGUGCUCCGACCUGGGCCUGAGGUCGGUGCCCAAGGAAAUCGCCCGCGACACGAAGCUGCUGGAUCUGCAGAACAACCAGCUCACGGAGCUGCGGCGCGACGACUUCAAGGGGCUGCAUCACCUCUACGCCCUGGUGCUGGUGAACAACAAGAUCUCGCGGGUGCACGAAAAGGCCUUCAGCCCCCUGCACCGGCUGCAGAAGCUCUACAUCUCCAAGAACCAGCUGGCCGAGAUCCCGCCCAACCUGCCGCCCUCCCUGGUCGAGCUGCGCAUCCACGACAACAAGAUCCGCAAGGUGCCCAAGGACGUCUUCAAGGGGCUCAACAACAUGAACUGCAUCGAGAUGGGGGGCAACCCCUUGGAGAACAGCGGAUUCGAACCCGGCGCCUUCGACGGCCUGAAGCUGAAUUACCUGCGCAUCUCAGAGGCCAAGCUGACGGGGAUCCCCAAAG